UUUAUGUGACUUGAAAAUACAUGCUCUGAAGGUCACCCUGGACGACUUUGUUACAGGCAAUAUAUAAUUUCUGAUGGGUUUGCAUUUCCAUCCGGCUUUGACUUGAAGACAGAACGAUGCCAAAGAAAGGAAAGUCUGCGGGGAAUGGGCGGGACGAAGAGCCUGUGCCCUGCAAGCAGGUGAAACUGGAGGCAACUGGGGGGCCUUCCAUUCUAAACUUUGACAGCCCCAGUGGUCUCUUUGAAAGCUUAAUCUCACCCAUCAAGACGGAGACAUUUUUCAAGGAAUUCUGGGAGCAGAAGCCCCUUCUCAUUCAGAGAGAUGACCCUGUACUGGCCACAUAUUAUGGGUCUCUGUUCAAGCUAACAGAUCUGAAGAAUCUUUGCAGCCAGGGUGUGUAUUAUGGAAGAGAUGUGAAUGUCUGCCGGUGUGUCAAUGGGAGGAAGAAGGUUUUAAAUAAAGACGGCAAAGCACACUUUCUUCAACUGAGGAAAGAUUUUCAUCAGAAAAGAGCAACAAUUCAGUUUCACCAACCUCAGAGAUUUAAGGAUGAGCUUUGGAAGAUCCAGGAGAAGCUGGAAUGUUACUUUGGCUCCUUGGUUGGCUCGAAUGUGUACAUGACCCCCGCUGGAUCUCAGGGCCUGCCACCCCAUUAUGAUGAUGUGGAGGUCUUCAUCCUGCAGCUGGAGGGGGAGAAGCACUGGCGCCUCUACCACCCCACUGUUCCCCUGGCACGAGAGUACAGCGUGGAAGCCGAGGACAGGAUCGGAAGGCCGACACAUGAGUUUACACUCAAGCCGGGUGAUUUGCUGUACUUUCCACGAGGGACCAUUCAUCAGGCGGACACUUCUCCAGGGCUGGCCCACUCUACCCAUGUUACCGUCAGCACCUACCAGAACAAUUCAUGGGGAGAUUUCCUUUUGGAUACCAUUUCGGGGCUUGUGUUUGAUACUGCAAAGGAAGACGUGGCACUACGGGCUGGCAUACCUCGGCAGCUGCUCCUGCAGGCAGAAACCAUGACUGUUGCAACAAGAAAGUUAAGUGGCUUCCUGAGGACACUUGCUGACCGACUGGAGGACACCAAAGAACUGCUUUCAUCAGACAUGAAAAAGGAUUUUGUGACACACAGACUCCCCCCUUACCACGUGGGGGAUGGAACGGAGCUGUCCUCACCAGGUGGAGAGUUACCAAGGCUGGACAGCAUAGUGAGACUGCAAUUUAAAGACCACAUCGUCCUCACAGUGGGGCCAGAUCAGGAUCGAUCUGAUGAAGCUAGAGAAAAGAUGAUAUACGUAUAUCAUUCCUUAAAGAACAGGAGAGAGACUCACAUGAUGGGAAAUGAGGAGGAAACAGAGUCUCAUGGACUUCGCUUUCCUUUAUCACAUUUGGAUGCACUGAGGCAAAUCUGGCACAGUUCAGCUAUUUCUGUCAAGGACCUGAAACUUACUACAAAUGAGGAAAAAGAAAGCCUGGUAUUAUCCCUCUGGACAGAAUGUUUAAUCCAAGUAGUCUAGUGCCUUUGCACAAUCAAAUAUCUACUAUCUUACAUUCACAUAUUUUUCCAAAAGGGAACAUUUGGGUCAGCAGACUGGGCAGGAGGAAUGGUUACACACAUGAGCCAAAGAGAAGAGGAACUCAGCUUUCCUGACCUGUGUGUCUACUAACUUGAGCCCCCCUGUCCCCUCCCCUGGUCACAGGUAGUCAAUUGGCCAUAUGAACUAACGGCAUAUGGAGGAAAGAACAGCCAGUUACCACGUAUUCCAGAAAGUGACUAAACCAUACUACUUUUGACACGUUUAUUUAAUCCAGUGUGGUAGAAAAGGCACAACUUCAAUAAAUGUAUCAUUUCGAAUUAAA